AUGCCGACUCACGAUACACCCAGACCCGAGUCCUCAUCCUCACUCUCCUUCACGCAAGGCCUCCUCCUCGGCCAGCUUUCUGUCGUAAUACUGCUCGGCGCUUUCAUCAAAUUCUUCAUAUUCGGUGACCCCCCCUCGCCAGACGUAACCGCUGCCCUGCGAGCCACAGAGCGGCGCUCGCGCACCCUUGCCCACAAGCGCUCCCUCCUCUCCCUCCGCACGACCUCCACACCCCCCCGAUCCUCACAAAACCUCAACCAGCCAUCUCUGAACAAGAAGCGGUCGAGCGUGCUGCGUAACCCGCCGCCGCUCACCACCAAUACGAUACUGAGCAAGACGUACUACAAUGUCGACUCGCACCAGCCGGAGAGCCUGGACUGGUUCAACGUGCUGGUUGCCCAAACGAUCGCCCAGUUCCGCAGCGACGCGCAGCACGACGACGCCAUUCUCACAACCCUUACUAAAGCGCUGAACGGGGGCUCGCGGCCGGACUUCUUGGACGAGAUCAAAGUCACGGAGUUGAGUCUCGGGGAGGACUUCCCCAUCUUCAGUAAUUGCAGGGUUAUCCCCGUGGAUGAGGAUGGGCUGAGUCUGGGGGAGGGGUUGGGAAAGGGGAAGGGGAGUCAGAGGGAGAGGGAACAUGGCCGGCUGCAGGCGCGCAUGGAUGUUGAUCUGAGCGAUUUCAUAACACUGGCUGUGGAGACGAAGCUGCUGCUUAACUAUCCGAAGCCGCUGGUGGCGGUGCUGCCGGUCGCGUUGGCUGUUUCGGUGGUUAGAUUCAGUGGCACGCUGUCUAUCAGUUUUAUACCCGGCAGUCCGACUAACGCGACGAUGUUGGCGUUCAGCUUCUUGGACGACUACCGACUGGAUUUCUCAGUUAGGAGUCUGGUGGGUAGUAGGAGUCGCCUGCAGGAUGUGCCCAAGAUUGCGAGUCUGGUAGAGGCAAGGCUGCAUACAUGGUUUGACGAGAGGGCUGUUGAGCCGCGCUUUCAGCAGAUUGAGCUGCCGAGCUUGUGGCCCAGGAAGAAGAAUACGAGGGGAGGAGAAGAGAGCGCGGGGAUCAGCGGCACACAUAGUGAGCCGGCGAGUAUGAGCCGCGCCAAGGGGAAGGAGAUGGAGAGGGACCUGAGGGAAGAGGCUAGGAGGGAGGUCGAGGCUGAAGCGAGGACGAGAGGGGAUAUGGAGGGCAGCGAGCAGGAGGGGAUGCGAUGGAGGAGGAGAGCGAGGGGGGAGUAUGCAAUGCCGGGGAGUAUGCCGGGCCUGAAUAUGACUUGA